AUGGCCACUCCAGCUUUCCUCUCACACCCCGGCCCGGAUUUCCAAGUCUCAGUGAAAGUGCUUUACAAUGAUAACUAUCGUCGCUUCAAGCUACCACUGAAGGACCUGCAAGCUUCAGUGUUCUCCCAGAAGGCAAGCUCUCCCCUCCGCUUACUCCUCGGUAUUCCGGCAAGUGUCAACGUCAUCUUCGAACGUUAUUCCGACAGCGCGGCAAGUUACAUUCAACUAGACGAAGCCAACCCAUCCGUGUACAAGCAGCUCUAUCGUGCUGCCAAAGCCAAAUCAAAACUUCGUAUCAGAGCUACUGUCGCCGAUACCUCGGCAUCUGGCCCUCCAGCACCGUCUUUCACUCAGUCGUCCAUUCAGUCGUCCACUCAGUCGUCCAACCAAAGCCCAUCGAGACACAGCUAUCUGGAGACUGUCCUCAGCUCACCGGCUCCUAUCUUGAUGGAUCAACUUGACUGCGCCACAAACAUGCCUGAGCUGGCUACAACCUCUGCUGAGGUUGAUGCUGUCUCGACCCAGCCUACUGAAGUCGCCAGCACAAGCCGAGACCGCCUCUUUGAGGUCGAGAACCGAAUUCGAUUCCCCACUAUUUCUCACAGCUCACCUAACGGCAUGUUUUGCAUCGACUGCAAUCACUGCGGCCGGUCCAUUGCCAAUGAGCAUUAUCAUUGCAGUAUCUGUGAAAGUGGAGACUACGAUUUGUGUCCAGAGUGCGUCGAGCAGGGCACAUCCUGCCGUAGUGAUAGUCACUGGCUGAUCAAGCGUAUGGUUGUCGAUGGCAUCGUGACAAAUAGCACAACCGAGACCAUUCCUCCCCGUCGGCCUCAGUUGUCAGUGCCUGAACCGGCAGCAAUGGCUCAAGAGUCGCAGCCGGAGUCGCAGCCAGAAAUUGCGACUUGUCCGGCUGACUCUGUCACUGCAUCGGGUAGCACUACAGAGGCUCACGCAAGUCUCUCCGUUGAGCAACCUAUUUGCAACGGUUGUUGCCGUGAUGUAGACGAAAGUAACCUAGUGCGUUGCAAUGAGUGCGAGGAUUAUGACCUUUGUCUGCGUUGUUUACUCCACAACAAACAUGGUCACCACCCUGCGCAUACGUUCUCUCUGGGCACGGACCGAAACUUCUGCCUGAAGAACUUGAUUCUCUCCCGAUGCCUUCCUGGUCGUCAAUUCAAGCACGCAGCUUUGUGUGAUGGAUGUGACAAGCCUAUCAUGGGUACGCGUCACAAGUGUCUGUCGUGCCCUGACUGGGAUUAUUGCUCUACCUGUAUCCAACAAGCAGGCACCAGUCAUCCUCGUCACCGAUUCGCUCCAAUUUACGAGUCUCUUGGAGAUCAACCACAAGAAACUGAAGUUCACUUCGGAGUCUACUGCGAUGGCCCGUUGUGCAAUAACAAGCCUGGCCAAAACUACAUCGUUGGCGUCAGAUACAAGUGUGCUGUCUGUGAUGAUUUGGACUUCUGCGCCAGUUGCGAAGCUCAUCCCACCAAUCAACACAACGUCACUCACCCGCUAGUCAAAUUCAAGACCCAUGUGCGCGCUGUCUCCAUUGACACGAUUACCGACUAUGCUGCGGCAGCGCGAGCAGCCACUUUGUCUAGCCAGCUCAGUGCUCCUGCCACUGCACCUACCACUGCGAAGAGUGAGGUUGUGGAAAAGGAAUUACCCAUCAUUGAACAGACACCAGUAGAAGUGGAGGCCAGCAAACCUGAGCUAGCUUCAGGUCGGUGCUCGGUCGAAUGGCCAAUUGCCGUGCCAGCGGCAGCACCCAAGGAUCAGGACGAGUCCGAGGCCUACAAGGCUCAUUUCGUUCGUGACACUGUCGCUGAUGGCACCAAAUUGCCUCCAAAGACUGUCUUCCAGCAGACCUGGACCCUGGUCAACGCAGGCUGUCUUGCAUGGCCUGUUGGCACUGAUGUUCGCUUUGUUGGGGGAGACACUAUGUUCAAUGUCGAUUCCAGCCACCCUUCGAGCGUCGAGUCAAUUCGGGAUGCGAUGGAAAGCACCAAGCUCGCUGCCCCUGUGGAGCCUGGACAAUGCGCUGAUUUCAGUGUCACACUUUGCACCCCUCAGCGCGAGGGCACUGCCAUUUCUUACUGGCGCAUGAAGCUGCCCAAUGGCGUUCCGAUUGGACACCGCCUGUGGUGCGAUGUCCAGGUGCAGGCCACCACAUCUUCGUCUCUCGAGACCGCCGGAAAGGAGAUUGCCGAGAAAGAGGUCUCUGUUGCUGUCUCUGAGCCCACUGGCAGCGGCAUGAUCUUCCCAAAGCUGGAGAAGGAGUCUCCUGAGGCGAGUCUCCACGAAGCCACCAACGUUUCUCACGAAGCGCCGAACUCGUCGGCUGCAUCCGAGUUGGAUGUUUUGGAAGACGUUGAGAGUUUGACUCUCGACGAGGCUUCCACUGACGCCGGUUUCCUGACCGAUGAGGAAUACGAUGUGCUUGAUGCCAGCGACCAUGAUUUUGCUGAGGCGAAGCAGUCAAUGCAGUAA